GCUGUCGUGGUUUGAAAGCGUAAACCAGAUUAUUUUUUGCUCAACCCGCAACCCAACAAAGAUGGAAAGGACGUUGCUUCUAUUUGUGACUGCGCUUUUGUUCUCGCCUGAGGCCGCCCAACGUGGAGGCAUCGGAAAAUACCAAGGGAAGAGAGUCGGAUGCUUCCAGUGCGAUGCCGACUUCACGUUCAACGCGGAAAAAUACGCGCAUAACCACAGUUGUCUCGCUGGGCCAUCUGAUCCGAAGGAACGAGAACGUGGAAUCGCUCAGUGUAGUCAGAACUCACGGUAUUGCUUGGCCGAGGUGACUCGUUUGAAUGGGGUUUUAACGAGUUUUUCAAGGAAAUGCGCUGAAUCCUGUGAACUGAAUUGCAUACAGAGCGGUUACGCCAUGGACACCGAGAUCUGCACGUACUGCUGCGAGUCGUUCGCGUAUUGUGCGGAAAAUCGCAAUAAGAUCGACAAUUUGCAUCGCGGUGUCAACUGA